GAUUGAUCUGUCAGUGCAACACCUGACUCAACACCAAAGCUCUUCUUGCUCAUACUCAAUAUGAAACUCCAACACCCAAAUCUAAUCGAUGAUUCUGCAGUCUGUCUGCAAGAUGGGAAGCAGCAAAGCCUGCUUUGCCCAUACUGUGCAAUACCCCCACCCCGUUUAUCCCCCCUUGUCAAGCACUCGUGUGUACGUGCAUGCCUUCAUGAUGCUGCUGCGUCGAGUCCCAGUAAUGAAUGGCGGCCUGCGGUGCAGCAGAGGGAACGAAGACCACCACUACCAUUAGCGAGCUUCCCAGGCCCCGCUGCUGCUCCUCCGCAAACGACUUCCAGCGGCCGAAGGGACCCUGUGGUGCUGGGCACAGCGUUAUGGCUCAGACGCUACAGAUGGCGAUCCCCAACUUUGGCAACAACGUCCUGGAAUGUCUGAAUGAGCAGCGUCUGCAGGGCCUCUACUGUGAUGUCUCCGUGGUGGUCAAGGGACACGCCUUCAAGGCCCACCGUGCAGUGCUGGCGGCAAGCUCAUCGUACUUCCGCGACCUGUUCAACGCGGGCGGCAAGAGCUCGGUGGUGGAGCUACCGGCCGCCGUGCAGCCACAGAGCUUCCAGCAGAUUCUGGCCUUUUGCUAUACAGGCCGCCUCAGCAUGAAUGUGGGGGACCAGUUCCUGCUCAUGUAUACUGCAGGAUUCCUGCAGAUCCAGCAGAUCAUGGAGAAGGGCACAGAGUUUUUCCUCAAGGUCUCAUCCCCCAGCUGCGACUCCCAGAGCCUCCACACUGAGGAGACGGAGCCUCAGAGUCCUGUCACUCAGACGGUGGGAGGGGCGGGCGGCACCCCGGUUGCCGGCACAGCUGCCAGACCUGCGGCUUGUUUGACACCGCUACCGCUGACGUCCAAGGUGAAGACAGAGCAGACGGCCACCACGCCUCAGUCUCAACAGCAGGAGGGCUUUCCCUACUCUGUGGUCUGUAUCCCUGUGGCCAAGCGACUGUGGGAGGGUGGCAACGGAGGGGGUGCUUCUGCAAGCGGUGGUGGCACCCAAAGAAAGGCAGCACGCUACACUUCCACGUCCUCCUCCUCCUCCUGCUCCUUCCCCUCCAAUGUCGCUACCCAGGAUUCCUCUGGGCGAGGGGGCGCCCCUACAUUACAGUCGGGAAGCGCCAACAGCAACAAUAACAGCGGCAGUAACAACAACAAUAGUAGUAAUAACAGCGGGACCCCCGAAGGCACGAGUCCGGGCACGCUCAGUUUGUAUACCAGCGACUCGCCAAUCAGUUACCACGACGACGAGGAAGAGGACGAGAUGGCGGACGAGACCGCCGAAGAGCAGUAUAGGCAAAUCUGUAACAUUUACACCAUGUACAGCAUGCUCAAUGCCAACACCACAGUGCCCGGUGAGAAAGUGGAGGCACUGCCGGAUGUGGCCCCGGACUCAGGGCGCCGAGGUGGUCGCUCCCGGCAGGAGCUAGCGUCGCUGCCAUUGGAGCUGAUCAGCCAGAUCGGCAACCGCUGCCACCCCAAGCUCUACGAGGAGGGUGACCCAGCCGAGAAGCUGGAGCUGGUGAGCGGAACCUCUGUCUUCAUCUCGCGGGCGCAGCUCAUGAACUGCCAUGUCAGCGCCGGCACGCGGCACAAGGUUCUGCUCAGGCGGCUGCUGGCCGCCUUCUUUGACAGGAGCACCCUGGCUAACAGCUGUGGCACCGGAAUCCGCUCGUCCACCAAUGACCCGAGUCGCAAGCCGCUGGACAACAGAGUGCUGCAUGCCGUCAAAUUCUACUGCCAGAACUUUGCGCCCAGCUUCCGGGAGAGCGAGAUGAACGCUAUCGCCGCCGACAUGUGCACCAAUGCCCGCCGCGUGGUCCGGAAGAGCUGGAUCCCCAAACUCAAACUCCUGAUGGCAGACAGCGACGCCUACUCUACCUUCUUGGCUGACAAUGUCAAGAUAGAGGGUGACGGGCUAGGUGGUGAGCAGGGCUUUGACGCCGCCUCCCUGGAGGUGCCAACCGGGGGUAAUGAGGGAGGGGCGACACCCACCGACGGCCUCCAGGACGGCGGAGGAGGAGGAGGAGGAGGAGACGGUAGCACUUUGUUUUGAGUGAGUGAAUGGACAGACGGAUGUUUGGACAGAUGGCAGGAGGGGAUGCGGCCACUUUGUUGCCGCAUCCAGUGUUUUUCUUCCUUUUUAGCAUCACUUCCUUCUGCUUGCUGCUGCUCUCUUGCCAGCCCACAAAACAGAGCAUGUACCAUAAUACCCGGGACAGGAAGUGAGCUUCUCGUCUGCAUGUAGCGUCAUUGCGGCAAAAUCAAUCCCGUAUUACCCUCUCCCUUCAUACAUUUGAAUGUACGUGCGUUUCGUGAAGGGUUGGCCCCAAAGAACCACUCGAGUUUUACUUUUCCAUUCAAUUUGUACAUUUUUUUACGUGUUAUUACGACAAAAAUUAUGGCAGGAUUUAUGGGCAUUGGUGACACGCGAAAUUGUCUUAUAAAGUGGUUAGAAUCCAAAGUAGCUAACGAUGCGUUAGGAAACCAGUUUCGGGGGGAAUACCCCUUUCAUGUGCAUAAACGUCAAUCUGGCAUUUAUUUGCCUCUGCCAUCCACUCAGAUCAGCGAAGGUAUGGCAACACUUUUAUGGUUCUUCUCCUGCCGCAAUGAAUCCCGUAUUCCUCCCCAUUGAAGUCAUACUGAAUGUACUUAUUUAUGGAGGGUUUGCCCCAAAGAACAAUUUGAGUUUACCUUUCUUUACAGAUUUUAUGUGUCAUCCCCCAACCCCAUGAAUAGGUGAAUACUGAUACCAGGCAUUGGUAUUGGGCCAAUACAGUCUUAAUUUCAAAGUGGUGGUGAAGGCGACUGAGACCAACCAACGAUACGAAAGACAAAAAAAAUAAUUUGAAAUCAUGUGACACAUCAGCGAAUCAUCAUGUAUGUUGCAAAGAAAGAAAGACAUUUGUUGACACUUACUGUAUCUAAAUUUGUUAAUUUAUGAACCAAAAGUGCGAGUGGCACUGGUACUGUGUUUCGGUGAAUACUCAUACUGGUGUCAGUAUCGGUCUUGAAAAAAACGUAUCAGACAUAAUUUUUUUACAUUAUUUUGAUAAAAUUGCAGCAGGGUUUUUGUGUAGUGUUGCUAUGAGAAGGAGGCUUAAUUGUUGGCAAAAUUCAAAGUAGGUCAAACGAUGUGUUCAUGCAUUUUCUGGGUUGAAAUUCCCGUUUAGCCCCUUUGACGCAAAAUUGACAUGUCAGUAGGGCGUCGAUUUGUUGGCCAUUUCAUUACUUCUUUUGAUGUGACAUCAUCAAAAGCAGUGAAUGUCUGACAUGAAACUUUGGGUUGGCUCUCUUGUCAUCUUAUACGCAGGCGGUAUUGCCGCCUUGACUAUGAUGUCGGAAGCCGGUGAAUUUGCCUGUCGACUUCCAGCACCCCCUUUUCGCACAGUUGGGUGACCUGGGAAAAGGCUGCCUUUGAUGGCCGGUGUGAAACGGCCAAGUGCCCUAAGAUGUAAAGGAUUUUUUUUUUCUUAACUACUAUAAUGUUGUUAUACAGUAAUAACAAAAUUAGACACUGAACCUCCAAACAUGCCCGCUUUCGUUUAGGUAGUGUUUUGAUUCUGAUCACACACCGUUUUCCACUAAACCUUUGAACAUUCUAAACAUUGACCUAAAAUUGAGCACCUUUCUUUCAACUGAGCGUUGCGUUCGAGAGCGUAGGAGUAGUUAUUUUCAGUGUUUUGUGGGAAAAAGAAGUGUCUCGUGUCAAACCAGGAUCUAAGUUAAACUCUUAACGCGCCGUCCAAUCGACACCAGUGUUUUAUAUCUAUGAUAAGAGGCCAGUGUUAUUUUAAUGCAAAAGUGUUCAUUUUCUGUUCUUUUGUUGUAUUUUUAAUGUUUUUCUUUUUAUAAAAGUAGCUUUAUUGGAUGAGAACCUGAGCGGGAAGUUGACUAUUCCCUUCCCAACCUGGUACAUUUCGGGGGAGGGUUGGGGGGGGGGGGGAAUUGCACAUUAAUUCUGGUACGCUGAUUAAAAUGCACCAUCUUAAAUAUUGGCCAUUGUCGACAGGCAAGGAAGACUUAGAAGACCGCCUCCCAAACACAAUCCUUAUUAUGACUGCCAAAUAUGUGCACGCAUUUUAAUGCAUCGUCUCACACACUCCCCCGUCUCCUUUUAUGUUGCGUGUGUCAGCCAGAGUGCCAUCUACACACUCCAUAUACUUACUGUAUGCGUGUGAGUGUGUGUGGCUGCCUAUUACACAUGCUGCGUGGGUGGCGUGUUUGUUUUUGUCUGCCUUUCACACACACUUACGCACAAACAUCUUAUGCGCCAAAAUCAUGUUUAUAUUCAUUUGAAUGUCAAACAAGGUGUCGUAUUCUGUUUAAAUUGAACUUCGGGACCUCAUUUUCUCAAUCCAACUUUCUCACUUUUACCACACCUUUUCUCUAAGAAAAAAGACCCCCAAAAAAUGAUGAGGAGGGCCUCUGUAUUACCCCCUCCUUUUUCCCCUUAGUGGCUGGGGACCAAUCAGAAGCACGAUAUUGACCAGACUGUUGAACCGAGCGUAUUCUAAUCAUGCCAGACUUAAAGGAAGGGAGGAGGAAAAUAAGGAGCAAGAGGAGGAGGGGUGUGUGUAUUAAAGAAUCUCCCAGGACAGACGAAGAGGCACUGCGGCAGUCACAAUCCAGACAAAAGAGAUGGGAAGAGGAAGAGUCUCCAAUGUAAAACACUUGUGUGUUUGUUUACGUAACCUCUGCAGUCAUUCCCCCCUCUUAUUUUUAAACGGGCGCUCUGAGAGAUUGACUAAUGACAAAACUUAAGCGUGCGCUAAUGUUGGAAUUGCACUAAAAAGCUGAGCAUAAGGGCGCUUCUUGUCUGUUUAAAGCACUGCAAUCAUGAUGAUGAUGAUGAUGAUGAUGACGAUGAAGCCCAAGGUUCCUGAACAAUCUUGCUGAUUCUGGAAGCAAACAUUCUAAGAUCGGCAUCUAAAAAAUAGGUGACACGAAUAAUGUUAGAAGUUAGAUGUUUCUGAGCUAGAAUGGCAGUGUGAUGCAAAAAUUACACUUCGUUUUUAAGACUCACGGUCUAACGCUGGCUGAAAUUGAAAUAUCUGGAGAAACUGAUUUCCAGACAGAUCCUCCAAAAAUUGCUGCAUCAGUGCUGUAACGAAAACCAUUUUUCAAAUCAGAUGAUUCUGAGCCAAAUUGGCAGAUUAAAGGGACGGAAUGUGAUACGGUUUUUAAAUGUGACCGACACUGAAAAUGGAAGCAUUAAAAAAUGUUCAGUUUUGGACAGAUUUUCACAAAGAUCCUAAAAAAAUGCCACACUGGAGCCAUAACACACAAUCUAGGUUCUGUGGUGGAGGUUCACACACUAAAUCCAGUUGAUAUGUUGUUAAUGGCUUUAUGGAAGGUGGAAUUGGAACUUUCUUUAAAAACCUGGAUGUUUGGACACUUCUUGCCACAGAGAUCCUGCAAUAUUGGCGCGUGGAUAAUUUGGGUUCUGGCUUUAAUACUGAACACGGCAAAGAGCUUCAAGUUCAGGUGUUUUUGAGCCAAAAUGGAAGACUAAAGUUGGUUACUUAGUGCUGUUUUUAACCAUGGUUGUAUUGGAGAGUCUGAAAACUGAGACAUUUUAAAACGCAAAGUUUAUCACGUUAGUAUUUGAUUCAUCAGUGCUUUAUUAGACAGUUUGAGCUCUGCAUUUCACAGAGAACCCAGAAAAGAUAUUUAAAUCCAGAGAACUCUAAACCACUCAGAGGUUCUGAGAAACCAACGUGUCAGCGUUAUAAUGGAUGGUCUGGGUUCUGCGCAAAAUAGUGGCUAUGUUGUUUACAUGAUGCCAUUUUUAAGUGUGUUGGUGUUUGAGUCUGAAAGCCCAAACAAUUGGAAUUGGAUAGUUGUUUUUUUUUUCCCCACAUGGAGGACUUGCAAAAUGGGCCCAUCACAGCUGUAACCGAGAAUCUGGGUUCUGCGUGAAAGGCACAACAUAGAGCUUGAAAUCCAUGACUGUCAAUCAAAAAUGGCAGGUUAAGAGGGCGGUCAUGUGACGCAGAUGGUCAAAUGGUAGUGAAUUGUUUUGACAUUUAUACUUUUUUUUUUAUUUUUUUAUUUAUUUAUUUUUUUUAGCUCACAGUGCCCGCAAAAUUGGCACAACAGAGUUUAGUGUGAGAACCUGUGAUUUUCACACAGUCCAGAUCAUAUACCUUAAAAUCUGGAUGUUUCUGAGCCAGACUGAUAAAUUUGCCCCAUAGGAGACAUAAUUUUUAACAAAUACAAAAAUCGAAACGUUUCUAACCAUUUUCCACAUGGAAAUUGGCAAAGCUACCAAUGGGCGGUAGGCGUCAACCCAUGUAAGUUUCCCAGCUUUCACCGUAGUCUCGGGCGGAAAACUGCCAUCAAAUGUGAAGUAACUGGUGUCACCAUUCUUCUAAUUAGCCUAAUGCUAAAGGCUGCGUCAGUUUACACAGAAAAAUAAAUCUCAACGUUUUACGCCUUUUUUUGCUUUCACAUUAUAUAAGGGAUUUGAAUGACUAGGUUGUCAUUUUAACAUUCAAAACAACAAAAAGUUGUAGUUGUAAUUGUCGCAUUAGUGGCCUGUUAAGCAUCAUCUCGACUAGCGCAGAAUUUGAGAUGUUUUGUUUAUUUGAUUAUCCUGACCCGCAAGAACCAAAAAUUGGAUGUCAAACUUUUGGGACUUGGGCCGUAGUUUGAGUUUGAAUUCCGAAGAUCUUUGUGUGUAAACAUCUCACGACAAGUCUUUUUCGUAUUUUUACUUUUUUUUUUUUUUUUUAAAUAUAUCUGCGGUUGUAGCUGUCGGGCAGUUCUUACCUACUCAUAAUUAACACAUGCACGACGUAGUCGCCGAGACGGGCUUUAGUAGUGUCAUAAUUUAGUGAAAGAGAACCACAUAUUUUUGCAUCAUUGUAUGACUGUUGUGCUGGGAGAGGGUGGAAGUCUUAUUUUUAUUUUUGUGUUUGUUUAUUUUGGGGCUAUUAAAAGCUAUCGCGGUUCUAACAAAGCGGACGGACGGACCAUUGCGAGGCGUUUGAAUGUCUUUUAAAUUGAGCCUCUUCUCGGACCUUUCCACUUUUUCCCCAACUCGUUAUUACUUUUUUUCCCCUCUAAUCUUCGGCUUUGUCUCAUAAAAGGCAUUUUUACCACGUGAUAUGACUUUUAAACUUUGUAAAAUAUGACUUAUAAUGCAAAGGAAAAUGCAAAUAUAUUUUAUUUGAUAACUCAAAUUUACGGCUCUAUUGUCAGUAGAUUAUGAGCCCCCCCCCUCGACUUUAUUCUUUUAAUGUAAAGGCUUUCUCACUCAGGACUUCAUUUUUGCAAAUAACAUCCUGAUUGUAUGAUACAACUUUGAAAAAUUUACUUAUCUGUAACGCUACGGGUUGAGUGAGAUUUUACACUUUUUUUCUAACGACUUGCCACUUUGACUAAUUCCAUAAAAUUGGGACUUUUUAUAUGACUUAAUCUUUCCAAAUUUACUAGUUCAUUCACAAAAUUUCAAAUUUUGUUCCUGAAUAUUCUUGUAGUAUUUAAGACUUAAAAUGUGUCUCUUAUAUCCCUCCAGGAAUAGACAGACAUUUUUGUUUUUCUUUUAAUAACACUUUUCUGACUUUAUUCUGUUAAAAUAUGACAUUGGUAUCUAGAAGAAAAGUCAGAAUUUUGGGGAAACUAAAAGGUCAGAAUAUAUAUAUAUUUUUUAAAAUCACAAAAACAAAAAUUAAUCAGUGAAUCCAAAGUGAGUUUACUUGAAAGCGGCGCUGCUGCCUGAAUGUUAUAUGAUGUAUGAUUGUACUAAUUUUCCAAACGUCUCGAUCACUGUAUUUAUGCGCGCACCUUAAAAGCAGAGCGCAAAUGCAAUCCAACAAACUCCAAAAAGCACCCCAAGACCAUAUAGCGAAAUUCUCCGCCCAUCCCUUCGUCCGUCCGUCCGUCUGUGUCCGCCCAUCCACAGUGAGGCGCUAAAGUGAUGAAAGAGCACAAUUUGGAGUAUUUUGGAUUUGUUGAACUUUUGAGAAAGCACCUUUGGGUGAGUCCGAGAUGUCGCCCUUUGCACCUUUCCGAGCAUGAUUACUUUGUCACUUCCUGUUUGUGGUUUGGAAGAUGUACCAGGACAAGGGUUUGGGGGAGUAUUUUUUGUACGUUUAUUUUUUAUUUUCUAUCUUUUUAUAUUUUUAUUCUCUCUUUGAUACGCUGUUUCCUCUUUUAUGACAUGUUUACUGUAAAAUGGACACUCAAAACUCGAGGACUGAACUGUAAAGCAAGAUGGAUUUGUUAGUCCCCACAUUUUGUUUUUCCCCAAUGUUCAAGUAAGAUUACGACUUUUGUUGAUUGUAGUAUGAGAGAAAAAAAUGUACGAAUGACCUGUUUGCAGCUUUGAGAAAUUUAUGUCAAAGGAAAAAUCCACCCCGCAAACGUCGGCAAUCCUGACUUGGAUUGAAAAUGAUCGUAACGGAUCAGUCAGUUAAAAUGAGAAUUUUAUAAAUUGAAGGUCUUCUUUAUGCUUAAAAAGUGAUGUAUCAUCUUCAAACUGGCCGUUAUUUGGUCUUAGAAUGCCACUUUUGUUAUGUUUUCUUCAGAAAUGUUUCCUAAUUUAGCUUUUGCGACGAUUCGGUGUUGAUUUUUUUUUUUUUUUUUUUUUUGUCUGGAGUAUUUUAUUUUUUUGUCAUACCAUAUCAAGUAAUCAACAUUGUAAAUUUUAACGGAAAAAAAUAAUUAGCAUAAUAAUAUCAUCUCUUUAUUUUCACUGGAUCAUCGCUGAUCUUUAAAAAAAAUAUUCAAAGGGCACGCCUAACAUCCUUUACUAAAUCCUACAUACUAAAAAUUUAUUUGACAAUUAAUAUUUACUUUGCUCAGUUUCAAGUUCAACAGGUGUGUGAAAAUUACUUGGGCAUUUCUUAAGACGACUGUCGUGACUAUAUAAAAUGUCAUGACCUUGUUUAAUAUAAUGACUUUCUCGUAAAAUUUCGGAGGGUGGUUGGAAUUUUCCAAAUUCUUUGAGACCUUCUUUUGGAGGGGUUAAAAUUCUGACUGAAAAUUUCUACAAUGCCGCCCUGAGCCCUUUUAAUUUUCAUGAUCACUGAUCUUGAAGUUUUCAAUUAGCUUUUCGAAUAGAAAUACCUUUUAGAGGAAAGAACAAUUGCUUCUUAAACCAACCUGAAAAUGUCCUAAAAAUUCCACAGCUUCUAUUAAUAACACAGCUGUAUUACCUUCGGAAAUCUUUCUCAAGGAUUUGAUGGAAUUAUUCUAUUGCAGCGCUCACAUAAAUGGAAUUUACAGUUUUAUAUUUCCUUGUGACUUUGUAGGGGGAUUGAAUUUUCGACUUUACUCAAAUCUCGAUGUGUACUGAAAGAUUGAGUAAAAGACCAGUUCAUAUUACGUAACUGUAAUACUUUGGCAUUAUUGUCCAAACAUUUUCAAUAAGUUUCCUUAAAAUGAAGACCUUCAAUUCCAUUUUUGUAAAGAAUUUAAUCAAAUUUGACCACCAACAAUUGUUCGAGACAAAUGAUCCCAAUUUUCUAAAUUUUGUAAAUAUUGUGAUCAUAUCAGCUGUCGCUCACUAUGAGGGAUUAAUUUAGUGGCCUUAAAAUGUCUUCAAUCUGACUUGAAAUUCUCAUGACAUGGGGUGGAUUUUUCUUGUGUUGGGACCUCCUGGUGGCGAUGUGGUGAAUGUUAAAACAAACUAAGCAAACUGGUCAAACUUGAGAAUGGCAGAGGAUCCCAAUUUGAUCCCACGCGCCAGAGACAAAUCACACACAAACUCACUCACACGUAAGGUACACGAAAACCUCUGAAGAAGCGGGAGCACGCACACUCCGUCGCAUCCUCAGGAUGUAUGUGCACUCGGCUUUGUGCAACAAUGCAGUUUUUAAAAAGUUUUUCUUU